AUGCUGGCCACUCGGGUGCUUGGCUUCUUCCUAUGGAGUCAUCUUGGUCUCGUGUCGGCUGCUCUGCAGCUGGGCCUGGAGGGGAUCCCAAACUGCGCCGUCAACUGCAUGUUGGAAGCGCUUCCCGAAACGAACUGCUCGCCAAUUGACCAAGCCUGUCUCUGCGCCGACAAGAAAUUCAGUGCGACUGUCGAGCCCUGCGUACGGUCGCUAUGCACCAUCAAAGAGACCCUGGUUGCCACAAACGGGACCUGGUCGCGUUGCGGGUUCGCCUACACCGACGACAUGACCAAGAUCCGCUGGGUCAGCGGAGUCGUGACUGUUUGUGCGAGUAUCUUUAUGGUGAUGAGGCUCACGACAAAGGUCGCGAAACUGUCGACUUGGGGCGCGGACGACACUGUUGCCGUCGUGGCAUAUGUCAUAAUCGUGGGCUUAUACGUCGAGUCAUUCUACUUUGCCGAGGCCGGCCUUGGAAAAGAUAUCUGGACGUUACUCCCCGAUGAGAUUACUCACUUUCUCAAGCUCCUCUUCGUUCUCGAAUUCUUCUACCUCGUCGGCCUGGCCGUCAUCAAAGCCUCGAUCCUGUUCUUCUUCCUCCGCAUCUUCCCCGAGCGACGCUUCCGCCGGGUCCUCUGGCUGAUGCAGAUCCUCAACAUGCUCGUCUGCCUCUCCUUCGUGAUCCUCUGCUUCGCCCAGUGCCGCCCCUUCUCGCACUUCUGGACGGGCUGGGACGGGCAGCACGAGGGGAAGUGCCUCGACCUGAACAAGAUCGGCCUCAGCCACGUCGCGCUCAACAUCGUGCUCGACGUGUGCAUGCUCGCGCUGCCGGUCACGCAGAUCUACAAGCUGCAGAUGGACCGGAGGAAGAAGAUUGGCGUGAUUGCCAUGUUCCAAGUCGGUGUCUUCCUCACCGUCGUAAGCAUCUUGCGAAUCCGGACCAUGAGCGACUUUGCAACGUCUCUGAACGUCACCGCCGAUUCUGUCGCCGUUGUCCUCUGGGCCUACGUCGAGCUGGGCGUGGGCGUCGUCGUGGCGUGCAUGCCCAAUGCGUGGCAGCUUCUGAAGAUGAUUCCGUCCAAGGUCACGCAGCUGACGACAACGGUGACGUCCAACAUCGGGUCGUCGGUGAGCCGCACGCGGCCCAACUCGCAGGUGUUCCCGGAGAAGCCGCGCAAGAUGUCGAUGGCGGAGACCAUCUCGUGCCGGUCCGACACUGUGGUGCCGUCGGCGUCGAGCUCUAGACGUGCGAGCAAGAAUUCAGAGCCGAUGGGCUAG